CGUAGUACCCUCUCAUAUCCAGCAGCUGCCUAGCUAGCUACUACACUACUUACCUGGUGAUUGUGUUGUGGUAGCAGGCAAGAACCUUUCCCAGUACACAUCGUACUGGUGCCUGUCGAUACCUUGCUAGGCCCCUGCUGCUAGCAACAUCCCCAGAUACGUACGUCGUGCCAAUCCGAAAGUAAGUCGAGAGAGAUGCCGAUCGAGACGACAGAUAACGUGCCGGCAGCCGACCUUCCCGGCCACGGCCGGACGGUGUGCGUCACCGGCGCCGGCGGCUUCAUCGCCUCGUGGCUCGUCAAGCGCCUCCUCCAGAAGGGGUACACCGUGCGAGGCACCGUUCGCAACCCUGUUGAUCCAAAGAACGAUCACUUGAGAGCCUUUGACGGCGCCGCCGACCGCCUCGUCCUCCUCCGCGCCGAUCUUAUGGAGCCAGAAACCCUCGUCGAGGCCUUCACCGGCUGCGAGGGCAUCUUCCACGCCGCUUCCCCCGUCACCGACGACCCUGAGAAGAUGAUCGAGCCGGCGAUCCGGGGGACCAAGUACGUGAUCACUGCAGCCGCGGACAUGGGCAUCAAGCGUGUGGUUUUCACGUCGACCAUCGGCACGGUGUACAUGAACCCCCACAGGGACCCCAGCAAGCCCGUCGAUGACACCUGCUGGAGCGACCUUGACUACUGCAAAAAGACAGCGAACUGGUACUGCUACGCCAAGACGGUGGCCGAGCAGGACGCGCUUGAGACGGCGCGGCAGCGCGGCAUCGAGCUGGUCGUGGUGAACCCGGUGCUGGUGCUGGGCCCGCUGCUGCAGCCGACGGUGAACGCGAGCACGGAGCACGUGAUGAAGUACCUGACGGGGUCGGCCAAGACGUACGUGAACGCGGCGCAGGCGUACGUGCACGUCAAGGACGUGGCCGAGGCGCACGUCCGCGUCUACGAGGCCCCCGACGCGCACGGCCGCUACAUCUGCGCCGAGGGCACCACGCUCCACCGCGGCGAGCUCUGCCGCGUCCUCGGCAAGCUCUUCCCCGAGUAUCCCGUACCCACCAAGUGCAAGGACGAGGUGAACCCACCGGUGAAAGGGUACAAGUUCACUAACCAGAGGCUCAAGGACCUGGGGAUGGAGUUCGUGCCGGUGCUGCAGAGUAUAUACGAGACGGUGAAGAGCCUCCAGGAGAAAGGGAUGCUGCCGGUGCUACCACCAAGUGACGACGUCCGAGACAACAUGCAUGAGCAGCUCAUCAUGAAGCCCGCUCAGUUGCUACGUAAUUAAAUAUUUUUCAUAUGGAUGUGCUGUCGACUAGUUAAUUGAAUGGGACAUGUUUGUCCAUUCGGUCAUAUAUAUAUGUACACGUAUGCACUUUUCAGUGGUGCAGGCAUGCUUGCGCGCGUGCAUGAGUGGGUGGGUUGGUGAUCAUAUUGUAUCGAUCAGUGCUGUAUGACGCAUCCAACAAUGUUAUAUGCAUAGUCAUAUAAAUCCAUGGACUACAAUAACCAGCAAAUAUGCAACUUUAGAUUA